AUGCUUGCAGCCGGUGAGAUUCCUCAAUGGAUUGCGAAAGAAUGGGAGAACACCAAGGCAUUGAAGCAUGGCAAGAGAGACAAACAGACUUUGAUUGUGAACAGCAUCUUUGACCGCUCAGCAGGGGGAAAGCUCAUCAUGAACACAGAGAAAGCUAUGUUCAAGAAUAUGCGGGAAGACUUCAAGGAGAAUACAAAGAAGGAACAAAUCAAAAGCCUGCCCAGAAGGCUGUUCAUGGGAAAGUUCAAUCUCUCCAAUGCUGAUUUGGAAGAGGGCCUGCAAGCAGGAGAAUUUGUCGAAGUCCAUACCUCCACCGGUUUACAAUACUCAUGGCAACAGAACCAGCAGACCAAGAAGCAGGGUGAAAAGGAAACAGUGGGGUGGGACCAAACAAAUACUGGGGGAAAGAAACACAUGGAGAUGUACAUGGAAAUGGCCAAGCAUUGGCAAAAGGGACUCACUGGCUUGGUGAGUGGCUCUGGUUCCAGUCGAGACCAACCUUCACAGUUGGCACUUUGUGAUGCUGAUGCGCCCCUCAGUGAAACUCACUGGCAGGCAGCACAGAAACAACUCAUUGAAGCCCAGGGUGUGCUUGAUAAGUUGGAGAAGGACGCAUUAAAGCUUCUUCAAGUCAUCGGUCCAGACAACAAAGAAGAUCCAUGCUACAAUGUGUUGAAGGAUGCUGUGCAAGAGCUUCGAAAGAUCAAAGGAUCCAUUUCACACGUCUACCAUUGGAAGGAGAUGGAGGACCGCUCCACUUUGACCAUGGUCAAGUACAACCAAUUGGUGCAGGAAAGUGGCAAGAAUUGCGAGUCUCUACAUGAGACCUUGGCUGGUGUCAAGGGCCAGCUCCAAGUCAGGGCUCAGAGAACCAAAGCUUCCAAGUGA